AUGUCGGAGCAGCCGCGGCGUCGGCCGUCCCAGCAAACGCUGUCGGCAAGGAGCCGAUCGUCGUCGGAAUCCCCGCAGCGCCGGAGGCAGCAGCCGCGCGAGCAGAAGCGUCAGGACGGUCGACGACAAGGCAAGGAUCGCAACAACGACGACGACGACGAGGACGACGAUGACAGGGUCAGGUCUGGCCAGCAUGGGACCGGCGCAGAUCGAGCGCAGCAGCGUCGUUCGGUGGCAUCGCAGCGCCCGUCGGCGGGAGACCGGCGCGCGUCGAGCUCGCGCUACUCGGUGGGCUCCACGACCUCGUACGGCCUCUCGGCCGAUGACGAUGGCGACGACAACGAGUCGGCCGCCGCGCCGGCCCAGACCAUCCGCGACGUCUCGCAGGCGUUCCGCGCAGGGCGGCCGAGCCCCUACCACAUGGCCGUCGUGACGCUCAUCGGCAGCCUGGCCAGCGGCAUGCCGCUCGCCAGCAUGUUCAAGGUCUACACGUUCGUAAUGUGCGAGGUCUACGACCCGCGCAUCCGCGACAAGACGGCGGCGGGCGGGGCCUCGUGGCUCUCGUGGUUCUCCUGGUCGUCCUCCUGGCUGCAGCCGAUGGCGUGGGGGCCGAGAGCGGCGCCGUACUCGACGCUGGUCAAGCUGCUGCAGGCGCCCGAGCUGCCCAACCCGCCCGAGUGCGCGCUGCCGUGGGUGCAAAAGUCGACGUCGACCUACUCGGCCGCCAUGGUGACGGUGGGCGCGCUCCUCGGCCUCAUGAUCCUCUCGCGCGCCUCGGGCCUCUCGCGCCGCUUUGGCCGCAAGCCCCUCCUGCUCCUCACCCACCUCUUCCUCGCCCUGGCGCUCCUCGUCUUCCGCCUGGCCGUGCUGCUGCCCCCCUAUGCCGCCGCCGUUGUCCUCUACUGCGCCGUCGUCCUCUCCGAGGCGUCGGCCGGCGCGCCGCUCCGCAUCGCGCUGCAGAACUACGUCGUCGACACCACCACCGAGUCGCAGCGCGCCGGCGCCCUCAGCUUCAUCGAGGGCUUUGGCCAGAUUGGCGCCUUCCCCUCGAGCGCCCUCGGCGGCCUGCUGGCCAGCCUGUCGGGCGAGUUCUUCGCGCCCUUCUACGCCAACAUCGCCCUGAUGGUCGUCGCCUUUGUCUACAUCCUCGUCCUCGUCCCCGAGAGCAAGCGCAAGCACGAGCACACGCUCAUCGACAGCUGGACCCAGGCAGACGACGUCGAGGGCGGCCGGGCCGAUAGCCUCGACGCAGGCAGCGAGGGCGAAGAAGACGGCGAGGGAGAAGCAGGCGGACAGCAGGCCGAUCCGGGCGACGCUGAUGGCAGUCGAAGGCGGACGUCAACAGCAGUCGGCCGCGGCGAUGGCGACGGCGACACUGAGGCUGACGCCGAUGCUGCGGACGCCGAUGACCACCCGUCCGCCUUCAGCGAGUCGGCGAGGACAUGGUCGACGUCGCACGCCGCCACCGACGAGUCAAAGUUCAAGUGGCGCUCCAAGCUGCGCGCGCUCAACUUCCUGCGGCCGCUCUCGAUCUUCAAGCCCACGGUGCGCCAUUAUUCGGACGUCACUGCCCACGACGCGCUCGCCGCCCCGCCCUCCUCGGACUCGCGCGGCGACGAUGCCGGCAACGGCAAGGCGGCGCCCUCGACGGCCAUCGGCCGGAUCCAGAAGCGCGUCGACUUCCGCCUGCUCAACCUCGCGCUCGUCGUCGUGUUCGAGGAGACCUACCAGUGCUUCCUGGUGCCGCUGCUGCUGCUCUACAACGGCCAGAAGUUUGGCUUCGACGUGCUCCAGAACGGCUACCUGGUCAGCGUGCUGCAGAGCGUCCGCGCCCUCUUCCUCACCGCCAUCUUCCCGCCCGCCAUGGCGCUGGCGCGCCGCUACGUGGCCAGGCGCGGGCUGGCCAGGCGCAAGGAGAAGCUGCGCAGGAUGCGCGCCGAGGCCAAGCAGCAGCGGCGUCGGCGGCAGCAGACCGGGCAGGGCGCCGGUAGAGGCGCAGCGUCUGGCGAGAGCGCGCGCGGUCGAGAUGGCGGCGGCGACGAGGAGCGCCGCCCGCUCGUCCGAUCGCGCGAUUCAAUGGGCAGACCUGCCAGCGGCGGCGAGCCGACUGCAGCCGAGAGCAGGUAUGGCACCAUGACGUCGCGCGAUUACGGCCUCACCGAGCGGAGAGGCGGCGAUGGCGAUGGCGACGGCGAUGGCGAUGGCGGAUCGGCGGCAGCCGCCACGGCGACGUCGGGGGCAACUGACUCGGCGACGGCAACGGCGACGACGCCCGACGAGGCGAGGACCGGGCGUCGACGGCCGUCGUACCACGCGGCCGCCUCGCUCGGGGGCCUAUCGAGGCUGCGGCGGAGCGCGUCGCAGACGACGGCGGAGCGGCGGCGGCGGCUGUCGUACCAGUCGCGCGCGGCCAUCGAGUCGAACUGGGAGACGCACUCGAUCUUCACGCGUGCGCCGUCGGAGCUCAUCAAAAAGAUCCAGCGCGGCAAGCUCGACAUUGGCGUCAUGCUCGCCUCGUACCUGUUGGCAUGCAUCGCGUUCGUCGUCCUCGCCAGCUCGACGUACGCGCCAGGCCCACCGCCGCGCCCUCCUCCCCCCAUCCCGCCGCUGCUUGCGGACAUCGCGAGCGCGGCCACGGCCGGAGUUGCGGUCGAGGCUGGAUCCGGGUCCGGGGCAGGUGCACUGUUCUGGAAGUCGCCCUGGAUCCCGCUGACGCUGGGCGUGGUGCUGCUGCAGGUAGCCUCGGGCUCGACGUCGCUGCGCACCGCGCUCGUCGUCAACGCCGUGGCCGAAGACGACCAGACAAAGGCGCUCGCGGCGCACCAGAUCCUCGUGACGAGCGUCAACGCCUUUAUGCCCCUCGCCACGUCGGCCGUGUACGGCAUCGCCCUCGAGCGCGGCCGGCCCGAACUCGUCUGGCUCUUCAAGGCCCUCUUUGCCGCCCUCGCCCUCGUCGGUGCCUGUGGCCUUUUUUGGAGUCAUCGUGGCUUUUAUGAAAAGGCGCAUGAUGAUGCGGAGGAGGAGGAGGAGGAGGGGGUGGAGAGUAGCAGCGAUGACGAGGAGGAGCACGAGGAACACGGACAUCGACGUCAGGGCGUGCCUGGUGCAUCUCGAGGCGGUUCUGAGGCUGCGAGUGGAUCGGCGGCCAAGAUGGGACAUAGACGGCAAGAUGCGCCCGGAUCGUCGUAG